UCUGAAGUUUUAUUGGAGCUGCUGAAUAACACGAUGCUUCCUCGGUGUGUGUUGCUGCUCUUCGCUCUCGCUGCUGUUUGUCUCUCAGCUCCAGUUCCUGACGGCCAAUCAGACGACGGCCGAAGCGCAGCGCUGCUGGCUCACCUGAACAAAGAACAAACAGAAGAAGCUGUGACAUCACAGCCAGACACUGGUGACAGUUUUGCCUCUGAGGAACAGACGGAAGAUGCUGAGGACACUGCUGAUGUAGAAUCUGAUGACAGCGCUGCCAGCGAUGAUAACAAGGACUCAGACACCGGCAGUGACUCUGAUGCUGAGGCCGAGGUUGACUCUGAUGAAACCACAGCAGACGAGGUUGAUGGGGAAGACCCAAAGACUGGCAGUGACUCUGAUGCUGAGGUUGACUCCGACUCUGAUGAAACCAUUGAUGACUCAAACACCGGUGGUGACUCUGACGCUGAAGUCGACUCUGACGAAACCACAGCAGACAUAAAGGACUCAGAAACUGGCGGUGACUCUGAGGGUGAGCCUGAGGAUGACUCUGUCUCUGAUGUAACCACAAUGGACGAAGACGAAAGCCAGGUCGAUGACGACAGCAUGAUUCUGGAGGAGUCAGACAGUGAGGAAGCAGGGGAGGGGGAGGCAGUGAAGGAGAAGGAAGAUGAAGAUUCAGAGGAGGUGGAGCCAGCUGAGGGAGAGUCAGAGGUGACCACAGACAGCAACGAGAUGAAUGACGACAGCAUGGUCGAGGACAAGGACAGUGAAGAAGAUGGUGACACAACUGAGACUGAUGUGGACAGUAAGGACACCCCCACCUCCGACAGCCAGGAGACCGACAAGUCCGACAGUAAGGAGACCGACAUGUCCGACAGUAAGGAGACCGGCACCUCCGACAGCCGGGAGACCGACAAGUCCGACAGUAAGGAGACCGACAUGUCCGACAGUAAGGAGACCGCCACCUCCGACAGCCAGGAGACCGACAUGUCCGACAGUAAGGAGACCGCUACAUCCGACAGCCAGGAGACCGACAUGUCUGACAGUAAGGAGACCGCCACCUCCGACAGCCAGGACACCGACAUGUCCGACAGUAAGGAGACCACCACCUCCGACAGCCAGGAGACCGACAUGUCCGACAGUAAGGAGACCGACAUGUCCGACAGUAAGGAGACCGCCACCUCCGACAGCCAGGAGACCGACAAGUCCGACAGUAAGGACGCCACCUCCGACAGCCAGGAGACCGACAAGUCCGACAGUAAGGAGACCGCCACCUCUGACGGCCAGGACUCCGAAAGCCAAGAGACCGACAUGUCCAACAGUAAGGAGACCGCCACCUCUGACGGCCAGAACUCCGAAAGCCAAGAGACCGACAUGUCCGACAGUAAGGAGACCGCCACCUCUGAUGGCCAGGACUCUGAAAGCCAGGAGACCGACAUGUCCGACAGUAAGGAGACCGCCACCUCUGACGGCCUGGACUCCGAAAGCCAGGAGACCGGCACCUCUGACAGCCAGGAGACCGACAUGUCCGACAGUAAGGAGACAAUCACCUCUGACAGCCAGGAGACUGGUGACUCACUGAACUCUGAGGUCAGUGAGGAGGCGGACGAACUGAAUCAGGAUGACUCUACAGUUCCGGAUUCUGAUGGACCCAAAGAGCAGAGCUCUGAAACUUCUGACUCCACUGAAGCGCCACCUGUGGAGAAGCCGGGCGACUCCAACCCCGCCACUACAGAGGUCAUGAAAUAGACGCUCGGCCUCUGAGGUUCGACGCUCGGUGGCUUCAGGUAUCUUCACUCCGCCGACUCUUCGAUGGAAGAAACAAAAAUCAUGUUUUUUAAUCAUAGUUUAAAUUCCUGCAAAUGUUUGAAUAUAAAGUUUAUAAAGUUUAUAAAGUACAUUUUAUUUUGAAGCAUGAAGUUUUAUGAUUGUUAAUUUGUUGCAGGACUC